GCGGAUUGAACGGGGACACCACACGUCUUGCACAAAUCAAGGGCCUUGCUGCGGCGUUUUUGUAUGUCGAAAAGAGUUGGAGCUCUACCCUGCUCUGAAGAAGAAAAUCCUCCACCCACUCACCGCCGUAAAGUCAUGGAGACCAAUGGCAGCAACCAACCGGCCGAUGGGAGCAAGCUUGAAGAAAACGCGGCCUUCAUGGACAAGUACAGUCGGCAGAUCGGCGCCUUUGGGCUGGAAGCCAUGUCCAAGCUCAUGAACCUCAAGGUUCUCAUCGUGGGUCUCAAGGGGCUUGGCGUGGAGACAUCCAAGAACUUGAUUCUAGCGGGGCCUGGAUUGGUGAGCCUUUGCGACGACGAGCCCGUGGCAAUGCCAGACCUCGGGGCGAAUUUUUUCCUGACGGAAGCGGACGUAGGAAAGCCCAGAGCGAGCUGCGUCGCCAGGAAGCUCCAGGAGCUGAACUCGAUGGUGACCGUGAAGGUGGUGUCGGGAGGGCUAACGGAGGAGACCGUCGGCUCUCACGGGGUGGUGGUGAUGUGCGGUCGUUCGGGGGCAGAGGUGGCCAAGUGGGACGCCUUCUGCCACGAGAACGGCUCGAUCUUCAUCUCGGCGGGUACGAUGGGUGCCUUCGGUUUCGUGUUCAGCGACUUCGGGAAGGCGUUCUCCGUGCGGGAUGUCAACGGAGAGGCCCCCACCAGCCGCAUCAUCACCGAUAUAUCUUUGGAAGAGGAGGGAGUCAUCACGCUGCUGGGCGCUUUCGGGGAGGACGGCGGUCGGAUGCACGGCAUGGAGGAGAACGAGCACCACGGUUGGAUCGAGCUGUCUGAUGUGGAGGGGAUGGUUGCUAAGGACGGCAGCGGCAAGACAAUCAACGAUACGGGCAAGAUCAAGAUAAAGACAUGCACCAAGAAGGUGACAGUUACGGAGGAGAAAGACGGCAAGAAGGAGACCAAGGAGAAGACCGUCUUCGACCCAUACCGCCUCAAGAUGUGCCUGGACACGACCAGCUUCUCCGCCUAUGAGAAUGGAGGGAUGAUGAACCAGGUGAAGGUCCCCGUGACCAAGAACUACCACCCGCUCCAGAAGCGCUUGGUCCAGCCGGUGCCUGAGGGGGAGUUCGGCCUUCUAUUCACGGACGGCUCCAAGUUCGGGAGGGCGGAGCAACUCCACCUGGCUCUGCUGGGACUGUGGGCGUUCGAGAAGAGGGAGAAACGCCUGCCGCAGGCUGGGAACCCUGAGGAAGCGGAGGCUGUUGUCAAGCUCGUCGAAGAGGUGAACGCGGAGCACAAGAAGCUUAACGAGGCCACCGAAGGAUCCGCUCUCUUCCUGGAGGAACUUGACAAGGACACUAUCCGGAAGGUGGCGCUGUACGCUUCUGUGGAGGUACAGCCCUUGGCGGCCUACUUCGGUGGGGUGGUCGCUCAGGAAGUCGUCAAGGUCACGGGCAAGUACACACCGCUCGACCAGUGGCUGCACCUCGACUUCUUGGAGAUGCUGCCCGAUGAGGUCGCCGAGGACGGAGCGCCUACUGGGAGCCGGUACGACCACAUGAUCCGCCUGUUCGGUCGGAAGUUCGUGGAGGACAAGAUUAUGAACGCUAGGACCUUCAUGGUGGGAUGCGGUGCUCUCGGGUGCGAGUUUUUGAAAAACUUCGCUCUGGUGGGGCUGGCUUGCGGCGAGAAGGGAAUGAUAACCGUCACGGACAACGACAGGAUUGAGGUGUCCAACCUGAACCGCCAGUUCCUGUUCCGAGAACACAACGUGGGUCAGGCAAAGAGCGCCGCCGCUGCGGUAGCCGCCAAGGCCAUGAACUCGACCAUCAAGCUGGACGCGCGAGAGGACUUUGUGUCUCCAGGAACUGAGAACCUGUUCCAAGACAAGUUUUGGGAAGGCCUCGACUUCGUCACCAAUGCCCUGGACAAUGUUAAGGCCCGCCUCUACGUCGACUCGAGGUGCGUAUUCUACGGCAAGCCUCUGCUGGAGUCGGGUACCCUCGGCACCAAGUGCAAUGUGCAGGUAGUGGUACCUCACGUCACCGCGAGCUACGCGGACGGGCCGAAGGAUGAGGCUGACGACGCCAUCCCCAUGUGCACGCUCAGAAACUUCCCCUCCCUCAUCGAGCACUGCAUCGAGUGGGCAAGGGCUCAGUUCGAGGAUCUGUUCGUCGGACCCUUCUCAGAGGCCAAAAAGUUUUGCCAAGACAAGGAGGCUUAUCUGAAGCAGGUCCAGGAGGCUACCUUGGAUUGCGAUAACAGGGGGAAGGCCGCCUCAGCCACCGCCAAGGCUCUCGAGGACCUCACCAGGCUUAGGACCACCCUGGCCUUCGCGGACGGAGCGACGUUCGAGUCGUGCAUCCAAGAGGCGUGCUGGCGUUUCUACGCCCUGUUCAGGGACAAGGUGUUGCAGCUCACGCACAACUUCCCCGAGGACCACGUUCUCGAGUCCGGGGAGAAGUUUUGGACCGGAGCAAAGCGAUUCCCGCGGUCGGCGGACCUGGAAAUGGACUGCGAGCAGCACGCGGCCUUCGUUCUCGCCACCGCUAACUUGCUGGCGGCCUGUUGCGGCCUGUCCCCCCAGGAGGAAGGCCUGCUUCCGUUGGAACACCCACAACGCAACACGGAAGCCGUGCGGAGGGUGGCGUCGGCGAUGGACGUGCCCAUGUGGGAGAACACCGGAGAGAAGACAGACCUCAGCGAGGAGAACGAAUCCAAGCCGGGAGACAAGACUGAAGAGCCGGAAGACCCCGUGGACCUCGAGGGAGCUUCGACGGAGCUUUCGAAGCUGCUAGAUGAGCUGUCGGCGGUGGACGUGAGCAAGUUUCGUUUCGAACCGGCCGACUUCGAGAAGGACCAGGACCUCAACUUCCACAUAGACUUCAUCUCCGCCACCAGCAACAUGAGAGCGUGGAACUACCGCAUUAAGGAGGCUUCCCGCCACAAGAUCAAGAUGAUAGCGGGCAAGAUCAUCCCCGCCAUAGCCACCACCACCGCCUCCGUGUGCGGUCUGGUCAUGAUCGAGCUCUUCAAGGUGCUGCAGGGCAAGAAGCUGGAGUGCUACAAGGACUCGUCCAACAACCUCGGCCUCAACAGCUACUUCUUCUCAGAGCCAGCCCCCCCGGAGAAGGCAAAAGACGAGUUCGACCCGAUCGCUCUGGAAGAGGUCAAGUGCAUCCCGGCCGGUUUCACGAAGUGGGACAGGACCUGGAUCGACAAGGGAGAGCUAACCCUCAAGCAGUUCCUGGCUGCCUUCAAGGAAAAGACCGGCCUGACGGUCUCAUUGCUUUUCCACUCGGUCAGCGAGAUCGACGGGCCACAAAAGGGGCGCAUGUUGUACGAUUCCCAGCCGUGGAACGCCAAGCUGAAAGAGCUCUACGCCGGUGCCAUGGACCAACCCCUCGUGGAGUGGGUCCAAGAGAGAUUCAAAGACUCACCGGCAGGACCAGUCAUCCCCGAAGGGCGGUGCUACGUGGAGUUGCAAGUGUCGUGCGUCAACGACGACGACGAGGCUUGCAAAGUGCCCUCGGUCGUGUACCGUUGGAAGGACUAGCACUAGCCUUGCCCGAACUUGGCCCGAAAGAAGUAAGGCCGUGUAGACUAUGGUUGAGGGCGAGAAUCCAGCCGUCUCUGCAGUUCGUCCCUGGCAGCGCGAACGCUUUUGAUGGUCGUGUGUUUCGCCCUACAUACUGCGUUGCAGGAAUGAAUAGAAAGGACGUGGGCGAGGUGGCAUAAAACAGCUGCCAUACGUACUUGCUUUGAGUUGGGUGCCUUGGCCUGUACAAAAAAAUCUGCUCACACGUGUUCGGUGAGGUCGUCGUGUCCUGGGUAGCAAGCUGUGUUGGGGUUAGAGGCAUUAUGGCAACCUUCGGGAGCAAAAAAUAUAUGAGGGAGUGUCCUCUAGGUGUGUCAGAGCUUCGCCCUUCCUUGUGGUCGUUGCGGUUGUGUGAUGGUGAUGAACGUAUCGUGCUUCGUGAGACCCUCUGGGGGAAGGAAGGCAGAGAAAGGAACGGACGAUUUCACUGCCGAUGAUGUCUUUGACAUCUUUCGUGCGGUUGGUUCACUAGAGGGUAGAGGGGUCUCGGUGUGACAGCUUUCCGCCGCAGCAAGAAGGACGAGGGACGAUCAAAUUCACGCCACCCGUACGGUGUGAGGCGGACAGUCUUGUAGUACAAUGUCAUCUUGUUGCACAGCACGGCAAGUUGCGGCGAGGCAGCAUUAGCAUUGGGUUGUGCAUCGGGUUAGGGUUGGUGGGGGUGUUCGAUGAAGGACAGGCCGUUUCUUGUCAGUCUGCCUGAGGUUCAAAUACGAACCGCUUGUUCGUGAUACUGUGCUGUAGGCAGUCACGUCAGCCCACGUCGUGCGAUCCUUUUGGCAAGAUCAACAUGGGUGUGCUUGGACUCUUUUGUUGACUGUCCUAUCACAGAGGCCCGGUGUCCUCCGGGGAUUCGGUCUUUCAUUAGAGACCCAUCAUGCCAAGCACAGAAAAAAGCACGAGAGAUUGCGGUUAAGACCGAUUGGCGCACCAGACGAUGAGUAUAUACUUGAGGUGCAUGUCUCGUUUGCUUGCCUAAGGUCAAGACACUGCCUAACUCUGGCGCACGCAUGCCGCCAUGGUUGGCAAAUGGCCGAUCGUGAGUUGGCUCGCACAAAACUGAUCACACCGUGGUUGAGAGGGUGAAAGACACAGGAUCCCACACUCUUCCUCGUUGACUCCACCACACCUAUGGGUACCUCCACAACUUUUUUUGUCCCGCUCGUCAUGUCUCUCGUGACACUUGUUGAAAUCAUCCAAGCCCUUCGCCGGUUGAACUGUACGCUUGUUUAAAUCGAAUGCUUUGUGAGCGACGAAUCUAAAAACGCACCCCUUGUUUCUUCGUAAGAUGUACUCACGCGAGCCCCCUCCCUUGCCCCAAUCCUACCUUUUACCCCCAUCGUCUCCGCCCCUGGCUCGAUAUUCCUCGGUCGCCACGCCAAGCGGCAUGAACCCUGAACAGCCACACCAUCAAACUCUUAUCCUACUGCUAAAGAUGGAACACCUCGAAACCCCAGCAUUCUUGGUAAAAGUCCAUUUACUUGCCAGAGACCCAAAUAGCAUCACACGCGCUGAGGGUUCCUGAUGGACAGAAAAAGAGCAAAUGAGGGACAGCACAUCGUCGUAUAGCCUGUGCUUCGCCUGUGCAUCCACGCAAAAGGACAUGUAGUGACGACUUGAAAGCGCUACUGCUGCUGUUACAAGGAGCUUAACGACCACGAGGAACAACUCAAUACGACUCAACAACACGUCGAAGUUACCAUUUCGCUGGAUGAAAUCUACCUGCUGGUAUCGCCACCAGUGGGCAAACUAUUAUCGCGUGAAAAACACGGCAAGGCAGCGAACGUCCUUCCUGCACAUCACACAUGAACAUCUCAAGCUUUACCAGACGCCGAGCCUUCGAGUUGCAACCAGGCGCGAAUAACGUGUCUUUAUGCUGUUGACCAAUUUCCAACCGCAAAAGAAGUAGCGGAGAAGAAGUCGAUCAACCCGCGCAUCCAUGCAAUAGAGCAGUUCUAUACAUUCUGUGCCAACACCUAUCCAUUCCUCUGCCUGCCGCGGAGACUAAAGGUAGCCCCUCAGACAGACAAAAGAACAACAGCUCUUUUGCACAGUGCACGAAGAUUAUUGGUUCCUUCC